AUGGCUCUAACACUGGCAGCCACCGCGCUGGUACUCCUUCCCCUUGUGACUGCGCAGCAGAUCGGGUCCAUCGCCGAGAACCACCCGGAGCUCACAACAUACAGGUGCAGUUCUCAGGCUGGCUGCGUUGCACAAAGCACCUCAGUGGUGCUUGACAUCAACGCACACUGGAUACACCAAAACGGAGCCCAAACAUCAUGCACCACUAGCAGCGGCCUCGACCCGUCUCUCUGCCCGGACAAGGUGACCUGCAGCCAGAACUGCGUAGUCGAAGGCAUCACCGACUACAGUAGCUUCGGCGUGCAGAACUCAGGCGACGCCAUGACCCUCCGCCAAUACCAAGUACAAAACGGCCAGAUCAAGACGCUGAGGCCGCGCGUGUACCUCCUCGCCGAGGACGGCAUCAACUACAGCAAGCUGCAGCUCCUCAACCAAGAAUUCACCUUCGACGUCGACGCCUCCAAGCUCCCCUGCGGCAUGAACGGCGCCCUCUACCUCUCCGAAAUGGACGCCUCCGGCGGCCGCAGCGCCCUCAACCCCGCCGGCGCAACCUACGGCACAGGCUACUGCGACGCGCAGUGCUUCAACCCCGGCCCCUGGAUCAACGGCGAGGCCAACACCGCCGGCGCAGGCGCCUGCUGCCAGGAGAUGGACCUCUGGGAGGCCAACUCCCGCUCCACAAUCUUCUCCCCGCACCCGUGCACCACAGCCGGCCUGUACGCGUGCACCGGCGCCGAAUGCUACUCCAUCUGCGACGGGUAUGGCUGCACCUACAACCCCUACGAGCUCGGCGCAAAGGAUUACUACGGCUACGGUCUCACCAUUGACACCGCCAAGCCGAUAACCGUCGUCACGCAGUUCAUGACGGCCGAUAACACCGCGACAGGCACGCUGGCCGAGAUCCGCCGGCUGUACGUGCAGGACGGCAAGGUCAUCGGUAAUACGGCCGUCGCCAUGACGGAGGCUUUCUGCUCGUCGUCGAGAACGUUCGAGGAGCUAGGUGGGUUGCAGCGUAUGGGCGAGGCCCUGGGGAGGGGCAUGGUGCCUGUGUUCAGUAUCUGGGAUGAUCCGGGCCUGUGGAUGCAUUGGCUUGAUAGUGACGGUGCCGGGCCGUGCGGUAACACCGAGGGAGAUCCUGCUUUCAUACAGGCUAACUAUCCCAAUACGGCGGUGACUUUUUCGAAGGUCAGGUGGGGGGAUAUUGGUAGUACGUACUCUUCUUAG